AUGGGUUCCCAGGCGUCGAAGGGAUCUCGUCCUGUUGCGGACGUCCUCAGAAAAGCUGGUGAUUUUCUCAACACCAAGAAUCUUCCCGCAGUCCACACUGAGAUUGUCGUCCCGCCGCCCAAGAAGGGAAAGAAAUUCGCUGUCUGCCGAUGCUGGAAAUCCUCGAAGUUUCCGCUGUGCGACAACAUUCACCAGAAGCUCCAGAAGCAAGGCAUCAACGUCGGCCCUGCGAUGCUGGAAAUCCGCCCCGCGCCUCCGCUCGAGUCCGUGCGCGCGCCUCGCGUUGCGCAGAGCGGCGGUUCGCCCUCUUCAGAGCCUGUCCUGAGGGAUGCUGGAGCCCCAGCCGCCGACCGCACGGGCGCCGCGGCUCUCGCCGGAGGGGUCGCAGCUUCUCUUCUUGCGGGAGGCGCUCACUUUGCCGGCUUCAUCUGA